UACACUAAACAAACCCAAAUCCCACCAACACUUUACUAGUAAAAUAUUAAUCCAACUACUAGCUACUCAAUUCCAACACUCUACCUCCUUUUCUCUUCUAACCCACCCAAAAUGAGCUCUAUCACAUUAAUCCUAAUUUUCUUCAUACUAUCUUCAUUAAUCCCACAUUUCCACAUCCUAAUCGUAUCAUCAUCAUCAUCAUCACCAUCACCAUCUCCAUUACCAUCAUUAUUAUCAUCACCCUCUAGCAAUCAAGGAGAAUGGGAACUAAUACAACCAACCAUUGGCAUUUCAGCUAUGCACAUGCAACUUUCACACAACAAUAAAAUCAUAAUUUUCGAUCGAACCGAUUUUGGCCCUUCAAAUCUCCCUCUUUCAAAUGGCCGGUGUCGUAUGGAUCCAUUCGACACUGCCCUUAAAAUUGAUUGCACUGCUCACUCUGUUCUAUACGACAUUGCCACAAAUACAUUCCGAUCCUUAACUGUACAAACAGACACUUGGUGUUCCUCAGGUUCUGUUCUCUCAAACGGUACAUUAGUCCAAACCGGUGGUUUCAACGAUGGUGAGCGUCGAAUUCGAAUGUUCACACCAUGUUUCAACGAAAAUUGUGAUUGGAUUGAAUUCCCAAGUUACUUAUCCGAAAGAAGAUGGUAUGCAACAAAUCAAAUACUACCAGAUAAUCGCAUUAUAAUUAUUGGUGGUAGAAGACAAUUCAACUAUGAAUUCAUUCCUAAAACAACGACUUCUUCUUCUUCUUCGUCUUCUUCAUCCAUUCAUCUAUCUUUUCUCCAAGAAACUAACGAUCCAAGCGAAAACAACUUAUAUCCAUUCGUUCAUCUUCUACCUAAUGGAAACCUUUUCAUUUUCGCAAACACACGAUCCAUUUUAUUUGAUUACAAACAAAACGUCGUUGUUAAAGAAUUUCCUGAGAUUCCAGGUGGUGAUCCUCAUAACUAUCCUAGUUCAGGAUCAUCUGUUCUUCUUCCAUUAGACGAAAACCAAAUCUCCAUGGAAGCUACAAUCAUGAUCUGUGGGGGAGCACCUCGAGGAUCAUUCGAAGCUGCAAAGGGAAAGAACUUCAUGCCAGCACUUAAAACAUGUGGAUUUCUCAAAGUAACGGAUUCGAAUCCUAGUUGGAUUAUUGAGAAUAUGCCAAUGGCAAGAGUAAUGGGAGACAUGUUAAUUCUACCUAACGGCGAUGUUAUUAUAAUUAACGGCGCUGGAUCAGGUACAGCUGGAUGGGAAAACGGACGUCAACCUGUUUUAACACCGGUAAUUUUCCGUUCAUCAGAAACCAAAUCAGAUAAACGAUUUAGUGUAAUGUCACCAGCUUCUAGACCUAGACUCUACCAUUCAUCUGCAAUUGUGUUAAGAGAUGGAAGAGUUUUAGUAGGUGGUAGUAAUCCACAUGUAAAUUACAAUUUUACCGGAGUUGAAUUUCCAACCGAUUUAAGCUUAGAGGCAUUUUCUCCGCCCUAUUUGUCGUUGGAGUUUGAUCUAGUGCGGCCAACGAUUUGGCAUGUCACCAAUAAAAUUUUAGGGUAUAGGGUGUUUUAUUAUGUGACAUUUACGGUAGCUAAGUUUGCUUCGGCAAGUGAAGUUUCCGUUAGGUUAUUGGCACCGUCGUUUACUACACAUUCUUUUGGAAUGAAUCAGAGGAUGGUGGUUUUGAAGUUGAUUGGUGUAACAAUGGUGAAUUUGGAUAUUUAUUAUGCUACUGUGGUUGGACCAUCUACUCAAGAGAUUGCACCACCAGGUUAUUACCUUUUGUUUUUGGUGCAUGCUGGUGUGCCUAGUUCAGGUGAGUGGGUGCAACUCAUGUAAUAAUGUAGUUGCAGAUAUUGGUUUGUUAGAUUAGAUUGAUUUGUUAGGAGGAUUGUAUUAGGUUAGAUUAGAUGUUUGCAAAUUAAUUAUCAUGGAGAAUGUAUUUUGUUUAAGU